UCAGGAUGUCCAAAGCAGCAGAAGAUGAGAACCCUGGAGUAGAGCUUCCAGGGGAGAGCACAGACUCUGAGAGGAACACACCAGACAUCAGUGAUCAGCCUUUAAAAACAAGUCCUUUCAAUCUCUCCCCCACUCUGGCCAGCUCCAAAGGUAAGACGGAGGAAGGUCCUGAGAUGACCACCAGCCAUGUCCAGCCCCCUGCUCCACCCCAGCAGCACGCCCCCCACCCUCACACACAACUGAUGCUGGCUGGCAGUCAACUGGCAGGGUUGGCAGCCCUCCUCCCUGCCCAGCAGCAGCUCCUCCUCCAGCAGGCGCAAGCUCAGCUAUUGGCUGCUGCCGUGCAACAGUCUAACGCUGCACACGCCCACGCCGCUGCCCAUGCCGCUGCAGCAGCCAAUCAGGCACAGGCACAGCAACAGCAUCAGGCUGCCAAACAGGAGCAAAGCACUGUCCAAGCUCCGCCCCAGCUGCCCCUGUCUCAGCCAAUUCAACUAACCGCCCAGGAUAUCCAGCAGCUGUUGCAGCUGCAGCAGUUGGUUCUGAUGCCGGGUCACCACCUACAGAACCCAGGCCAGUUCCUGCUUCCCCAGGCCCAGCAGCCCCAACAGGGUUUGCUAUCGACACAAAAUAUGAUUUCUCUACCUCCGCAGAACCAGGGGGGGCUCCUUACCUCCCCUCCCCGAAUGGGACUGCAAGCACAGCGUCGACACGGCGACAGUCACUUGUCACUCCAGAGGGAGAAGAGCGAUGGGGGGGUGUCCUCAGGAGGGGGCGGGGCCUCUGUCACCUCCGUGACCUCACAUGGGGAGGAGCCUAGUGACCUGGAAGAACUGGAGCAGUUCGCCCGAACCUUCAAACAGAGACGCAUCAAACUGGGAUUCACACAGGGUGAUGUGGGUAUGGCCAUGGGGAAGCUGUAUGGUAAUGACUUCAGCCAGACCACCAUCUCCCGCUUCGAGGCCCUCAACCUGAGCUUCAAGAACAUGUGCAAGCUCAAGCCUCUUCUCGAGAAGUGGCUCAGUGAUGCAGAAACCAUGGCGAUAGACAGUAUGCUGCCCAGCCCCAGCUCUCUCUCCUCCCCUAUGAUGGGCUUUGAUGGGUUGCCAGGGCGACGCAGAAAGAAACGUACCAGCAUCGAGACCAACGUCCGAGUGGCCUUGGAGCGCAACUUCCUCUCGAACCAGAAGCCUACCUCGGAGGAGAUCUUACUGAUGGCGGAGCAGCUGAACAUGGAGAAGGAGGUGAUCCGCGUCUGGUUCUGCAACCGACGGCAGAAAGAGAAACGCAUCAACCCCUCCAGCGCCACCCCCCCCCUGCCCAGCCAGCCCCCCCCUGUGACGCACAAACCCCCCUGCUACAGCCCGCACAUGAUGUCCAGUCAGGGAUUGUCCCAGGUCGUCACCACUCUCAGCACAACAGCUACCAGUCCGACGUCAUCGGUCACCUGCCCUCUGACCCCAAGUGGCUCUGCCUCUGUGACCCCGCCUCCACACAGCACUGCUAGCCCAGCCCCUCCCGGCCUCAGCACCCAGGGCAUGAACACUGGGAACGCAAUGAUGGGAGUAAGCACAGUCAUGAGUCAAGCUCUCCUCGGAAGCAGUCCCCUGGCCACAAUGCAAGCCCUAGCUGCCAGUGGUGGUCAACUGUCCAUUUCCAGUCUUGAUACGAGUGGCCAGAUGAUUCUGGGCGCGGCCCCUGGGGGUCCUGGCGGUGGCAGCCUCCGUCCUUCCCUCUUCCUCAACCGCCCCACCCUGAUGCCCAUGGCAGCGGGUGCCGCAGGCAUGGGAUUGGUCAGCGGCCUCAGAGAGUCCCCACCCCCUGGUGCCAGCGGAAUGAGCCUUGGUGAAUCCCUCUCCCCCUCUCCAUGCUCUAGCCCCGCCUCCUUCUGCUCCUUUAGUGAAGCCUCCCCCCCGCCUCUGGACGGGGCCAUGGCCGAGUGACGGAACCCAAAAGAACCUAUCAGAGGAGGGAGGAGGAGUUUCAGGCGGAGUGCUUUACAGAAAACAAACCUCGCCUUUCAACCAAAGCCAUCUCUCUCUCCCUCCGUUUUUUUCUCCCUUGCGCUCUCUCACCCCGAGUCUUUUGAAGCCAAAAAAAUACCCAGAUAGAAAGGGGAAGGAGAGAGCAAGGGAUGAUGGAGAGAACCGGAGAACGGGGGAGAUUUAAACCAAAAAAUCAACAGUGUUUAUAAAGAACUUUUGCUCCUUUCUGUGGAAGAGUGAGAGGAAAACAAUUGAUGGAAACCAGAGCAGGGAGGAAACACAUAACGACUGUGUGUGAGAGAUGGGGUGGCAUGGCAAGGUCAUGAGAUGAAAAGACAAACAUGGAUGAAGAGUUGAAAAACCAAAAUGUAAAAACAAGUAAACUAGAAAGGAAGACACACAAAGAUGAAAAUGACAAACAUGCCAAAAUCUCCAAAAACCAAAAUACCAAAAACUGAAACCAAAAAAAUUUACAUUAAACAGAAGAACUAACGGAAAGAAAAGCUUUACUUAAAGACUUCUGACAUUGAACUGUCCAGGAUCGACCAACACUCUGUUACACCAAACACACCAAAACUACAUUUCACACCAUAUCUCCAUAUUGUUUUACAAUUAUUUUGUAUUUUUGUAUUGAUUGUAGUUUGAUUUAAAGUGGGGUAGAUUGUAUUUCAUGCCAAAUAAUAAUACUAGUUUGAUAUAUAUAUAUAUCCAUGUUUCCAAAAGGUGUCUCCACUGUCCACAGUACCUACCUCUCUUUAUACUAGCUUUAUCUUGAAUUCUAUAAAAUGUCAAUGCUGUGAUGGAUUUAGCAGCUAUCUUUAUUGAUUACAAUUAUACACUUAACAACGUAUCAGUCGUUUAAGUCAUUAUCUGUAGAUUAUUUUUACAUUGAUCAUUGUCAUCAUCAUCAUGACAACAUUGAUCUGUUGUUAACAUUUCAAAAAUAGACUUGGAUUUACAACGGCAGAAAAACAAAAUAUAAUACCAACACCUACACACACACAGUCAAACUUAUUGAAACCAAAAGAAUACCCAUUUCUCUGUUCAUGUUUACGUUUUUCAUGCCAUCUCAUUAUUAUGGACAGACAGUCCUUCUUGGAUACCAAAGCCUUGGGAGAAACGCAUGUGUUCACACGAGACCACAGCUGUGUCACACACACAUACACACACCCUGAAAACCCGGAGAGGAUGACUCAAAUCCCAAUAAUAUUUUUUUUGAAACGAGAGAAGACAAAGCAGUAUUCUAAUGUGUACGUUCCUCCAGAAACGCUGUGCCUCAGAACCCUGCCCCACACCCUUCCUUCACCUUGGAAGAAAGAAGGACCACAAAGAAAAGAGAGAAGAUGGAGGGAGGAGAAGGAAGGAGUGGAAAGAUCUAGACAGGUGUCAGGUGAGCAGGACCUGGAUCAACCAGCAGGGGGUGGAAGAGGGGUGGAGAGUCAUAGCAACAAGGGACCAAAACCAAAAAUAAACAAGCAAACCAAAACCUAGGGGUGACUGAACCGAACAGAACACAAACCAAACCAAAUACAGCGCCAGAUCAGAGAGGAGGAGGAGAAGGUCAAAGAGGGGAGAGAGGGAUUGCCAGGCCUCCUGUGGUCCAUGCCACAGACACAAAGCCCUUCCUCUCUCCACCACCCAUCUUCACUCCCUCCCUCCUUCUCUUGAUGGUGUCUUCAGUUUGUUCGUUUUUGCAUCCUGGACAGAGGAGCUCAGUCAACCUCAAUGAACUGAAUAUCAGAAUUUUAGGGGGGUUUGUUUUUGAUUUCCAUGCUCUGUUUGUCUAUAAUGUAUGACUUUGUCUCAUUGCUUUCUUAUUAUAAUGGGGAUAUAGGGGUGGCCAGCUAUAUGAACUAUUUUCAUAGCUUGUUAUUAUUUUGUUUAUUUCUCUUUUAUUUCUCACGUGAUUGAGAUGUAACUGUGAUAAAGCAGAUUUUUUAUUUGAUUGAGAAUGUUGUGAAAAAAAGCCAAAACAAAAUAACCAAAAGCAAAACUUUACUGACACAAACCAAACCAAAUAACAAACCAAAACAAUGCACAACAGUUGAGAGGGUCCAUUGAGCGUCCAAACGAGGACCAGGGCUGAUGGGGCUAGGUGGGUGGUGUCAACUGACAUACCAGCUGACCUUCUGUUUUAGAGGGAAGGUACCUGUUAGUGCUUCUUUAGUUUAUUUUUAGGAAAACAGAUCUAUGUUCUAAUGCUUACAUAUUCAUGCUCCUGUACAGAAAGGCUGUGAAAUGAUCCUUCUUGAUAAAAAUGUUUGAUGAUAAUGAUGAUUUGAUUUUAGAACCAAAAGCUUUAGACUGUCUGAUCUUUGAAGAUUUCGUAUUUAUUGUGUGAGGGGGUGCGUGUGUUUUUUAUUGCAGAAAUUAUUUGUAUUUUAUGAACUCUCACUCAUUUAUUUAUGGCUUGAUUAAUUUAUGUAUUUAUUGAUGUUCCUUCUAUUUAAUGAGUAUUCUAAGGGUUGUAAUAGUGUGGGGACUGCAAGGUUAUGUGGGGGGGACAAGCUUUGGCCAAACUUUAAUACUGAAAGACUAAAACCAAAAUGAAAGGUCCUUGCUUCUCUCACAGACUGGGUAUCUGCUGUGAGAGCCUGUAUCUUUGCUGUAAUGACCAGAGAGAGAGAGAGAGAGAGAGGGAGACAAUGAGAUGGGAAAAGAUAGAGAGAGGGAGAGAGGCAGACCAAAAGGAGGAUGUAUGUCAUGUAUAACAUGAAAGUUCACUGUACAGUGAUGCAGGCUUCUUAAGCACCAAUAAUGAGGGAGUAGCAUCUCCAGAGUCACCACUUGACUGUCUAGACUCCCGGUCUUUCUCUCCUCUCUCCCUCAAGGAUCUUUCUUUCUCCAUUUUCCUUUUGUUGUUCCAAGGUGAGGGCUUUGCCUAAAUACCUCAUAUCCUCUGUUGAAAACCAAAUAGACUGGAAGCUUUAAUGGACGACGUAGGCGUGUCCACGGGAGGGGGGUCCUAACUAGAAACUGGUUGGAGAGAGACUGGAGAAGGACUAGAGGCUGAUGAGAGAGAGCUGUUGGAUGACUCCCUCACGGGGAGAGAGAGAGCUUCUCCAGUUCUGAGGACGUGUGGCACGCUAUGCCAUGGCAUGUUGUGCUCGGUCUCUCUUUUUUUCUCUCUCUCCGUGUCUUUGGUUUCUGUUGGUUAUGAGGUGACCGGGGGAGGUGUGAGGGCUGUGAGAUGUUUCCAGAAGGCGUCUGUGUGUGGGGUAACCAGGAUGAAGCUGUACAGACUGCGUGCCUGUGGAGGUCUCGCCAGCAGUGGGCCUAGAAUGAUACCAAAGUUAAACCACUAUGGCGGGACCCUACACACACACACAUACACACACUCAGACACACACACACACACUGUUGGUCCAUGUGUAUAUAAUCAUUCAGGAGUCUUCACAAGGACUGUAAAUGCUACAUAAAGGUGUUCACCACCCGUCUAUGACAUCAUAAGACUGUCAUCAAGAGCAACCGCUGUGUCGCAGCAGGACGUCUUGACCCAAGACAGUUUUCUACCAGACUUCUAUGUGGCUGUUGAUGUUCCUUAUGUUGGUUAUGUGCUUAUGACCGUAUCUCAAGCCUGUAUGUCUCAACUCUCCAUGUAACAGAGGAGCUGUUUCUGGCCUUGAGAACACAUGUGUAUCUGAAUGUCACAUGAAAUUCGCAACCCAUGAGAGAGAGAGAGGGAGGUAGAAAGAGAGAAUGCAGUUAGUCAGUUAGGCCCUUUUGCUUUUUUAAUUCUUUUUGAAAACAUUUUCUCUCUAUUUUUUCUACAAUGCAGCUUAAAUCCAAAGGUUAAUUAUGAGGAUGGCAAAGACAGAUUUUACUAAUGAAAAACCUCAAUAGUGAAAACCAAAGAACUCUUUACUGUUUUUUCCCCCAUUUUCUUUACCGCAUUUUGCGAUUCGUGAUUUUGUUUAGUUUUAUUUCUAUGGUUAAGAACUCUGCAAGUUCUCUUUGCUACAGUGAUGUUUGAUAUUAAUGAUACUUAUGAUGACGAUGAUGACUAAAAUGUUAAAACACUGCUCUGUGACACGUAUAACUGUCACAGCCCAUUCCUUUCUGUUUGUGAGUGACCAGUUUUUUUUCUCUCGAGGCUCGUUCUGAGCGUUCUAUUAUACCUGUCCCAGACUCAUCGCUAUCUGUGUGCCUGGUGUUUGGGGAAGGGAAU